CACUGUCGAGACUAAUUCAUCGUGUCCUGUUGAUUCCGCGCUGCGAGGCUAAUUCCUUUUUCCGGAAGAGCCACUGUCGUCCCCCAACAAGUCAUUCGUCUUCACUGGACGUCCUUGUCAUGGGGUUGCAUCGCCGUCGUUGAAACCAGUUAUGUUCGUCUUCAUUGGAGUGCUGCGGAGGAGGAUGAGGACGAACGGGUGUUGCAAACGUGAUAAAAGAAAGACGAUCGCAGACCGUUGAGGGGCGACUGUAAGUGAAGCCAUUGUUGAUCACAACUCCACGCAAGAGGAGAGGGAUACGCAAGUUUGAAUGCCGGGUCGGGUUUGGGGAAUGGGCUGGUGAUCCCCUGAAUUUCCUCAUCGAAACCCUAGAGUGGCUUCUUAGUUGGAGUGUGUUAAUUACGGUAUCAAUGCUCUAUUUUUGUUGUGGACUGUAGCCCCCCUGUGAUUUCAUUGUCGUGUCCUAUCAGUUUUCAUGGCCGGGUUAGAAGAUUUUUGUGCAGAGCAAGAAGCACCGCUGUACAGUGAAGGAAUGAACGUGUUGCAUGAUUUAGAUCCCCAGGAAAGGACACUCGAAGAUGUGUCUGAUUGUGUUUCCGAUUCCGAUGAAUAUUUUGGUGACAAUUUCUAUGAUGAUUGGGACAACAGAGCAAUUAACGGGAUUGCGGACCUCCAAACCGUGAAGUUUAAAGAGCUAACUGCAGAUCAGAUUCGAAGGCUUCAUUUUCCAGAUCGAUCGGUUGCCUUUUCAUUCUACAACUUGUAUGCCAAAAUGAAUGGUUUUUCUGCAAGGAAGAGUCGGAUACGACGCAAUGUGAACAAUGAUGUGACACAACAAGCAUUUGUGUGCUUUAGACAAGGUUUUAGAGAUUUGUGCUCUGAUAAUGACGCCGCUCGAUGCAAACGGGAACCAAAGCCUACAACUAGAUGUGGAUGUGGGGCAGAGAUGCGUGUGCAUAUACAUGAGGAGACAGGCAGAUGGAUUGUAAGAUACUUUCAAGAAAAACACAACCAUGAGAUGCUUGAUGAUAUGUUAACUUUUAUGCUUCCUGGGCAUAGGAAAAUGAAUUCUGCUGCAAUUGAUCAGAUGAACAUGAUGCUGAAAGUUGGUAUUAAAACUCCUCAAAUUUAUUCAUCAUUUGUACACACUGUAGGCGGAUUUCAUAAUGUGCCCUUUUUGAAAAGAGAUAUGUAUAAUCAGAUAGACAAGCAACAGAGGCUCAUAGGCGGUGAUGCCAAGGCUUGCCUUAAGUAUUUAGAAUCAACGGCAGCAGAGAGCCCAGGAAUGUUCGUGCGAUAUCUGGCGGAUGAUGAGGAUCGGUUGGUCCACCUUUUCUGGUCAGACAAUUGUAGCCAAUUGGACUACCAUUUGUUUGGGGAUGUGGUAGCAUUUGAUGCGACUUAUCGAAAGAAUAAGUAUAUGUGCCCUUUAGUUAUGUUUUCCGGUGUCAAUCAUCAUAACCAAACCAUUGUGUUUGCAUCUGCACUUGUUGCAAAUGAGAACGAGGCAACGUAUACGUGGUUACUUGAACAGCUUCUAGAUGCCAUGAAGGGAAAGAAGCCUCGGUGUGUGAUUACCGAUGGACAUGGAGCAAUGAAAAAGGCCAUUGAGACUGUGUUUGCCGAUGCUUAUCACCGCCUAUGUGCUUGGCACCUGAUAAGGAAUGCAACAUCAAAUCUCAGCAACCCAACAUUUACGUCCGAGUUUAAGAAAUGUAUGCUUUUUGAUUAUGAGGUGUCAAAGUUUGAAGAGAAAUGGGAGAACUUGGUGUCUAGCUUGGGUCUUCAUGACAAUGAAUGGGUUUGUGAUCUUUAUGCUAGGCGCAAGAUGUGGGCAACCGCUCACAUGAGAGGACAUUUUUUUGGAGGCUUUCGCACAACCUCUAAAUGCGAGGGAUUGCAUUCUAUGCUUGGGAAAUUUGUUCAUUCGAGGCAUAACCUGAGAGAUUUUGUUGAACAGUUCUUCCGGUGUAUUUUCCAAAUGAGAUCCAGAGAAGCACAGUCUGAUUUACAGUCAAUUGUUGGAGACCUAGUACUACAAAGUCCCUUGCAUGAUUUGGAGAGGUCGGCAGCAAACAUGCUCACCAGAUAGAUAUUUUUGUUAUUUCGUCCAAUGCUUUCGAGAGCUUGCACUUUGAAGAUUCGUUCGUGCACGUACACACCAACUUUUGAGAUUUAUAUGCUUUCACGUUCUGGAAGUUUGCAUAAAGAGUGGCGCUAUCUCACUAUCCGAAUGAAGAAAUAUACAAGUGUAGUUGCAUGAGGAUGGAAUCGCUUGGAAUACCAUGUGAUCAUGUUGUUGCCGUCCUUGUUCAUCUUGAUGCUACUAAGUUACCCAAGAGUCUCAUUCUUGAUAGGUGGUCCAAAAAUGCACGUUCAAGGGUUCAUGCAUUCAUGGAUAAUGGCCCCUUUUGCUGGGAUUCAAUGGUCACUUGCUGUAACUGGAUGCUAAGCGAUCUUUGCAGGGAGUUAUGCCUUCUUGGUUCUGCUGGCGAUGCUGAAUUCUCCGAACUAAGGGAUAAAUUUCAGAAUGAGAUAGUACUUCUUAAGGAACAAAAAAAAUGUAUGCAAGCUGACAGGGAAAGGACCGAGCCACAUGCAGAGUCAACCACCCUUGAGGGCUGCAUUAGGAACCCCCUGAUGGUGCGUCACAGCAAGCGCCAAAGAAGGGGUUCGAUGAGUCACUCAUCGCUGCGAGGUGUUAAGCGGUGUGGUGUUUGUCGCCGCGUCGGGCAUAACCGGGUGUCAUGUGCUUUAAACAGCCAGAGAUGCAGACAUGGGCAUCGUCGUUAUAGUAAUGCGUUGGAGGAGAACAUUCAUCAUGUUGAGAGCCCCCAAGACGAUUGUUAUAGGCCGGAUUGGACGGAUGUGGAAUACACUAGUUUCUUUUGGGAUGGUGAUGGUGGCAGUGACAACUUUGACAUGGAGAUCCCUGUCUCAGACCCAUAUUACAGUUCGCAACCCUAAAGCAGCCUGCCGAUGAUUCCCAUUUCACUUUAGUGUUGGUGUUUUUAACGUUAUGGUUGUUGCUGUGAGCUUUCACUUAUAAUUAUGUUGUUACUUUAGUUCAUGUGUAUGUCCAUUUUAGUAUAUAACUGGUGCAAGAAUAUUGUUGCAGGUGACUCUAAUAUUUAUUUUACUCACUUUUUUUAUCCUAAAUCCGUCGAUUAAUGAUUUUUCAGUGUUGAAAGCAGCCAACUUUUCUUACCAUGAUUAGUGAGAAAGUGAAUUGCUUAAA